CGGGCGGACACUAGCAUGGAGUCUUCUAAACGUGUUUGUUUUCUCCUGUUAGUUAAGCUUAGUGUUAGUGGUGUAUUGUGUUAUUUAUUGUUCAGUUCGUCUCAUAGACUUAGGAUUUUUUUCAUCAGUGUCAGUCAUGAAGAUCUACAGAAUAUUAUGGAUGGGUCUAAAGAAAACAAUCUGAUUUUAAACAAUCCUAAGACCAUUGUUGAUGAUUGUUUAUCGUUGCGGGAUAUUGAAGCAAAAUAUCUAAAAACAACGGAAGAGUUGUAUAAACUUAAAAAUGCUGUUAAUAAUGUAAAGUGUGGAUAUUCGAAAGAACUUGAAUUGAAAUUAGACGAAACCAUGGAGGAAUUGUUAAAAUUAAAGAAUUCGCAAACAAAUGACGUCCGUAAUCAUAGUGUUAAUACAGAUUAUUCUAGAAAUAAAGACGAGGGUCAAAUGAGAAUACAAGAAAUACCUGGGGAAGUACCUACGACAGCAUAUUAUGUUUGGUGUGGGGAUAAACCGUUUUUGUUUAGAGAUUAUCUGAGUAUUUUAAGCAUCAUCCGUGUGAUUCAACCGUUAAAACUAGUAUUUUAUUACAAUACAUUACCGUCUGCUGACCAGCAGAGCACUUGGUUUGAUGAACUACGUCAGUCUCUGCCACUUUUAGAUCUAGUUCAGAUUGACACAAAUAUCCAAUGCAACACUUUAGAUGCUCUUGGUGUAGUUUUAGAAAAGCUAGCUGUGAGUAAAGUUGGGGGAAUUUUCGUAGGUGAAAGAAUAACUUUAACUCGUAUUCCCGAUGAAUUAAUAACAAGGAAUAGCAUAGCCUAUUCAAGUCGGGGUGGAAAAUUUAGCGAGGAAAUUAUCGUGUUCGUCAAACAAAACGAUCAGACUAAUCUUGAUAUUGAAGAGUUCAAGACAGCGGUUCUCAAAUCUUCCUUGGAGUGCCACACACCAGAACAAUACGACAGCAACGCUGUAGGGUCUAAUCCAUUCACAGAUCGCAACCAUUCCUCGCUGUGUAUAGUUUUGUCCAACACAAUCUACCCAGAAUACAUUGCAAACAGCACAUCAUCUUUUUCUGCUGUGAUACGGUCUUUGUACUACGGCAAACCUGAUCGAGUUUUUCCUAAACAAACUCAGGAUCCCACUGAUCUAGCGCCAUUGAUCAAUCAUCUGAUACUGGUAAACUCAAACACCCACCAGCCUAUAGAUUGGACCUUUGAAUUCUAUCUAUGCGUUCUUUCAGCUCUGUAUGUAGCAAGAUUUCAAAGAGUAUACGUUCAUGGAAAUACUGAACCUACUGGGAAAUACUGGAAUAAACUGAAGGCCGAAAACGUUACAUUCGUCCACAUAGAAAGUUUCAGUUCUGUCUUUCAAAAGCAGAUAAAAGAAACGGCGCAUAAGGCUGAUGUUUUGAGAGCGUUGGUUUUAUUUAAAUAUGGAGGAGUGUACAACGAUAACGACGUGCUUUGGAUGAAUCCAAUUUCUAAUGAUCUCCGACGGUACCCGGCCGUUGCUAGUCUGGAACUGUCAGGUGAAGCAGAGUUUUCUAGAGUGGUCAGCAGCCGCGUCCUUGUCUCCAAACCAAAGGCUCCAUUUUUUACUCACGUUUUGAAAGCUUUUUGGCACUCCGGAGAAAACGUAACUGCCUUGAACUCAGCACAAAUAUACUACAAGAUCCUUCAGAGGUAUCCGGACACGAUACACCUUGAUAGAAAUCUACAGAUUGUAUGCAGCGACGUUAACAUCUACACCUGCCUCCCUGUGUGGAUUGGGGAUUCACAAAACAAGAGUCAACACUAUACCAUCAAGGACGCCUUUGCUGUCCAUUUUGCCCACCAAGGCUCGCCAUCAGUAUCCAAAUCUUUUGCGAAUGUCAAUACCAGAACUGGCAUCGGUGCUGUGCUUAUAAAUCAAAUCAUGCAAGCAGUGAAGCAAGCAGGGAAGAAAGAUUUACUAGUAGAUAAUUUAUAGAUUUAACACAACUUCUUACGGACAGUAUUUGAAAUGUAAAGUAUGUGUCAUAAAUGUGUUUGAUUUGAUAUAAGUCUACAUUCUUUUUACAAUUAGAUCGUCAUUUGCAAGAUGAAAGUUUGUGUCUUACUUAGAGGGCGUUAAACAGUAUUUAAAUGUUAUUUAAGGCUUACGGUUUUGGUGUGCAAUAAUUUAUGCCAUUAAUAGUUUGUACACAAAUUAUAUAUCUAAGUGUUUUAAGAUAAUUUUUUCAUUUAUUAUGCAACCAAUUUAUUUAUAAAAGCUUUUUUAUGAUCAGUAUGAGUUUGGAUCACUACGUAGACAAAUUAAUAAUGGUUGUAAAUUAUUUUAUUAACAACAUGAUACAGUCUUUGUGUAUGAAUGUGGGAUGGAAUUAUAAAUACAUUUAACUUGUCUUAAAUGAAAUUUUGAAAGUUUUAUUUGCCGUUCCAGUUAAAGCUAUUUCCGUGUAAAACUUACUUUAUAUUUGUUUUAAAUACAAAAUUCCGGAUAGACUUGGAGGUUUUGUUUUGUCUAAAAGAAUAAUAUUGCAGAUGAAGGUUUGUAUGGUGUGUGUUGUGUUACAGUAAUACAAAACAGCUUCAGAUUGAUCUUAAAUGUGGACUUUUAGAUAAGCUUUUGUUUGUAUGGCUAUUUUGGCAAGGUAGGAAUCUACAAAUAACUGAAUCAAUAUUUAAUGGGCU